AGCUCACGCAUUUUGGGGAGCCUGCGGCAAAGAUUCUUUCUUUUUUAUUUUUAAGUUUUUUCUGUGAUUUCUGACCACUUUCUGUUUCUUUCAUGCUACCCUUUCCUACCACAUGUACAGUACCAGCUCUCCAGCAUCCUGGGUUUAAAUGACCAAAUUGACCCUACUUAAUCAUUCAUCACUAUUAAAAUGGUGGGUAAAUAUUGUAAUUUGAUAAAGCAGACCAGCGACAGACAUUUUCCACUAGAGCAGAAAGUAGAAAGUGCCAACUCUCCUUUGAAGGCUUGAACAAAAUCUCAUUAGCUAUAUAGCGCCCUCAAACACAAAGUCGAACUUACUUCAAUCACCAUGGCCACCACCACCCUCCCACUCCUCCUUUUAGUAAUUGUAAGCUCGUUCCAAAACGCGGUGGUUUCCGGUGUGGGCAUAAACUAUGGGACUCUCGGAAACAACCUGCCAUCACCAAAGAGAGUAGCUCAGCUCCUCCAGGCCACUCUCAUAGACAAGGUCAAAAUCUAUGACACCAACCCCGAAAUCCUCCAGGCCUUUUCCAACACAGGCAUCGACCUAAUCGUCGCCGUCGAGAACAGCCAUGUCUCCAACAUCAGCACCGACGUGGCUGCCGCGGACGAGUGGUUUGCCACUCGUGUCCUGCCCUUCAUUCCUGCCACUUCCAUCACAGCCAUUGCUGUAGGAAAUGAAUACUUAACCACAACAACAGCUGCUACAAAAAGUGACAAAGAUCCCCAAGUGGACCCCACAGCUCUGGUCCAGGCAAUGCAGAACUUGCACGCAGUGCUCAUAGCCCGAGGGCUGGACCGCAAGAUCAAGGUCACCACCCCACACAGCAUGGCCGUUCUAGCAUCCUCAUUUCCACCUUCAUCCUCAACUUUUGCCACAAAUCUUGUGCCAACUAUGACCUCCAUAGCUGCCUUCUUGGCGGACACUGGCGCCCCUUUUAUGGUCAAUGCCUACCCUUACUUCGCAUACCGGGACAACCCCGACAUGGUCAAUCUACAAUACGCAUUGCUAGGGAACUCAACCUCAAACGGCGUGCGUGACCCGAAAGGGUACACGUACACCAACAUGCUGGAUGCUCAGAUUGAUGCUGUUCGAGCCGCCAUUGAUGCACUCGGACUUGGACACCGGACCGUGGAGAUCAUGGUGUCUGAAUCCGGGUGGCCAUCCAAGGGUGACACCGGGGAUAUAGCCGCUACGGCGGAAAAUGCCAAGACUUAUAACACUAGGUUGAUUGAGCGUGCCCAGUCUAACAAAGGGACACCCAUGAAGCCUAAUGACAAGGUUGAGGUAUUUGUGUUUGCUUUGUUUAAUGAGAACAAGAAGGAAGGGGGCGCGACAGAGAGAAAUUUCGGGAUUUUUAACGGGGACGGUUCGAAGGUGUACGAAGUGGAUUUGAGCUGCAAAUUUUGCAGCAACGAUGGCAACGGAAAUGGAGGAGGAUUUGGGUUUGGUGAGAAAGUAUCGGGUGUGGUAAGGGGUCCAUCUGUUUGGUGUGUUGCUAAGCCCCAUGCUGAUGAGAAGGUGCUUCAAGCUGUGUUGGAUUUUUGCUGUGGAGGUGGUGGUGUGGAUUGCAGAGAGAUCUAUGAGAAUGGUGAUUGUUUUGAGCCUCAGAAGCUUCUUGCUCAUGCAUCUUAUGCUAUGAAUGCCUACUAUCAGAUGCAUGGCAGAAACUACUGGAAUUGUGACUUCAAGGGUACUGGCUUAGUUACUUUCAGUGAUCCAACUUAUGGGAGAUGCCGGUAUCCUCAACAGUAAAUCAACAAGGAAGGAAUGACAGAGGGCAUAAUCAAUGUGGUUGACAGCUAGCUCUUCACUCUUGAGUGUUGGUAUUUCUAAAGUCAGGGCUUAAGAUUUAUUGAUCACAUCCCGAUGUAAAAGAAGAAAACAAGAAAAGUUUGAUUUGAAGGUUGUUCUGCAGGAUUUUGAA